AUGUCCCUCUUAGCCGAGUCUCGUCAACAAUCGCGCAUCCUCUUUGUCAAGAACUUGUCUUACCAAGUGACGGGAUCCGAUCUGUACGAGCUGUUCGGUCGAUAUGGAGCCAUUCGACAAGUGAGGACUGGGGAUGGACCAAAGACAAAGGGGACGGCUUAUGUCGUCUUUGAGGAGAUUGGAGAUGCAAAGAAGGCGCUGGAUCAUUUGAAUGGAUUUCAUUUGCAAGAGAGGUACAUCGUAGGUGAGUUUUGGCCAGCAUACAUGUGGUUGGAUGGUGGGAGAGGGUGGUGGGAAGCGUUGAAAAGAUGGUCAGCAGGCUAACGAACGAUGAAUGACGCGUACACGCUGCCAUAGUCUUGUACCACAUGCCGGCGAGAGGCGCAGCGACGGCCAAGGCGGAUCUGGCAGCCAGAGAAGCUCAACUAGCCGAGUUGAAGCGCAAGCACGACAUUGCUGAUGCGGAAAAGUAG